GCUCCGCGAUCAGAGCGCAGCAGAGGCGGCCUGGCAUCCUGUGGAGCGCGUCAGGGCUGGAGGAUGCAGACUAAUGGAGUUUACCGGAGCUAGGGCUGCAGGUUCAUACAGGGAGUUUACUUUCUGAUCGCAGGUUAAAAAUAUAAAUAUAUAUAUAUAUUUUUCUUUUGCACCGUUGAAAAUGUCUAGCUUUGGGCGCUGGAUCAACGCAACCUGGAUCCUGCUUUUGGGCAUUUUUCACCCGUGCUAUUCAAGUUAUUCCGAAGACCAGUGCAGCUGGAGAGGAAGUGGUUUGUCCCAGCAGCAGGGCAGCGUGGAGCAGAUCUCCCUCCACUGCUCUGAGGGCACCCUGGACUGGCUCUACCCCAAAGGGGCCCUGCGCCUCACUCUCACACCCCGCCUGGCCCCCAUGGGGGCAGUGGGGCCCGGCGGCGGCGGCGGCGGCAGCGCGGGCAUCAUCACGGCCUGCGUCAAACCAUCGGAGCAGUUCCACGGGGCCCAGCUCUACCUGGAGAGAGACGGGCUGCUCGAGCUCCUGGUGGGGGACCGCAUAGAGUCGUCCCCGCCCCCGAGGGUGCGCUGCUUCAGCCGCACGCCCGGGGAGAGGCUGGCCCUGUUCCUGCAGGCGACGCCCCAUCAGGACAUCAGCAGGAGGAUCGCCUCCUUCCGCUACGAGCUGAGGGGGGACUGGACGGCCCGCAUGUCGCUGGACUCCAACCCCGUCAGCACUGAAGAUGCCUGCCGGCCGUGCAACGACUCAGAGAUCCUCAUGGCUGUUUGCACCAGCGACUUUGUCGUGCGAGGGAACAUCCGGUCAGUGGAGGAGGACGAAAGUUUACGCGCCGCCGUGAUCAAGGUCAGCGCCACCCGCGUCUUUCGGCAGAAGUACACCCUGUUCACCGGCCACAGCCGGCUAGCGAGCCGGGGUGAGAUACGGACCCUGCUGCAGUGCGGCGUCAAGCCGGGACCCGGCAGCUUCCUCUUCACGGGCCGGGUCCACUUCGGGGAGGCCUGGCUCGGCUGCGCGCCGCGCUACAAGGACUUCCAGAGGACUUACGCUGCGGCCAAAGCAGCCCAGCAGAUCCCCUGUGAACUGCCCGUAGACUGAGAAGCUGUGGUGCGGCUCGCCUACCCUGCAGAAUCAAAGCGCGGCGCCGAAAGCAUGGCCAGACUCAGCGCCGAUCCGGAAGAGGCCGCGACGCGCAAAACCCAACGCCAUCGUAGCCGCGGAGCCGCUGACGGAUGCGGCCGUCCCAAAGGACUGAGCAGCGAAACGAACUCUCUACCAUCAGUGCAAUAAGAAGUCAAGGUCCGAAGCCCAGAAUGGAGCCGUGACUUCCUGGACUCGGAUGAGAGCAUUUGGCGUUGGGUGGAAAUCUCCCUCAGUGACGCCAUUCGUUGGUGUCGUCUGAGACUCCUUGGUGUAAACCUCAGGAAAACAAUAAAAACUCCCACAGAAAGCUUGCUGCCUGUGAGCAAAGCUCCUCUCACCUUGGACAGGUGUGGCUGUGGGCGAAGCUCAGAACGUUUAAUUCAGUGUUUUACUUGGAUAAUGUUGGAUCAUGUGGGACGGCGAUGUUGUCCUGUUUAUAUCAGAUUAUAUCAAAAAGUAAGGAAUCAUUGAACACUAUUUGCACUCAUAAAGGAAGAAAGGGAGUGGCCUGGAAAACGAAAUGCUGCGAGCACUGAAAACCAAAUGAGAAAAGCAAAUAUAUGUAGCAGAAUUUAAUAUAUGUACAGAUGAUGUGAGCGUAAGCAGAGGCAGCCGGAGCAGCUCACGUUGCCAGGUUUUGUUCAAAUGUAUUUGAGGAGAAAUAUAACGACAGGGGAGAGUAAAAGUGUUUACUUUCUGUAGCAUGCUAACAAAACUUAUGAAAAAAAAAUAAGCUGGAAAUUGGCCAAAGCAGCCAUAGAUCUGAUUACGUUCAAAGAAUCAGCAAGUAUUUAUAAAACUGAAUAAAAGCAGCUGUUCAUAACAAAAGUCCAGCUGGGAAAUAUAAUAAAAUGGAAAUAAAUACUAGGUCAAGUCAAAAAUAAUAAU